AUGCGAGCUGAGCUGUACAGGGCAAACAGUUCUGUUACCUCAGAGCCGGUCACGUUUGCAAGGAGCAUGCUCUUGGUCCCUGACGAGGAUGUCCUGUUCAUGUGCAGCGCUGAGCAUUAUGGAUCGCCAGACACUGAUGAAUGCGCAAGUAACCCAUGCCGGAACGGUGGUACAUGCAUCGACAGACUGAACGGGUUUAGCUGUAAUUGCACACGCUAUUAUGAAGGCGCCACUUGCCAAGAUUUUUUAAACAUCACCUGCAGAAUUACAGCUAUUGGCCUCGAAAGUGAUGCCACCAUUCCGGACAGUAGCUUCAGCGCAUCAUCCAAUUACAAUGGCUUUGACGCUCGCUAUGGUCGACUGAACCACGCCAAGUCUUGGGAACCGAGCUCUUCAAGUGGUGACCACUACCUACAAGUCGACAUGAUAUCCGUGUACAUUGUUUGUGCCGUAGAUACACAAGGGGGUUAUCAUACUGUAUAUGAUGAUUGGACCACCAGAUACAAGCUUUCAUUCGCACUAGAGACAGGGGCAUGGAGUAUCUACCAAGAAAAUGGCGCCGAUAAGGAAUUCAUAGGGAACGUGGGCGAGACAGACGUGAAAAGCAACUCCCUCGCCAAUCCGACCAAUGCACGGUUUAUCCGGUUCAUUCCCACUGCUUACAAUAGCUGGCCGGCGUUUAGAGUGGAGGUGUACGGAUCUAAAGCCUAGAUAGCUUGAGAGCUUUAAAAAAGGAUUUUGUACAAAGAUGAUACAGGCACCUCUUUGUGAACACUCUAUUGCAGUGGCCCCACUUAAAGAGACUUUGUCAGCCACAUCUUGAUUCUAUUAUCUAUAAAAGUAAUUUUGAAAAAAAAACAUAAUCUAAACAUUAAGUUGUCCAUACUAAAUUCAAUCAAAGAUAAGGCAAUAGUUUCUCUAGCCUCGUCCCCAGGUGUCCUGUGACUGCCCUUUGUGGUAAAAAAUUCCCUGCGAUAAGCUGUCUAACGGGCAAUUCCACCACGGCGAGCGGCAAAUCAAAAGUGACGUCAUUUACAGACAAGCCGCUCAGCCAAUAGAAGCCAGGGAACGAAGCUAUAGUUUCCCUAAAUAAGUAGUUUCUUGCAGGGCCGUUGUUCUUAGCGACACCAGGAACGGCUGCGAGGGACCCUACAAAAUCAUGUGGUUCACCCCAUUAUGUUCCCCAUGUGUAUUAAAUGUAAAUGCAUGUCAAAUAAAACAAUAGGGGGUGAGCACGCACCCUGCGCACCAGCUUCAUUUUCAUCAACUACAAAUAAAUAAUUUGUUCUAAAAA